AUGAAAGGGCUACUGAUGGACCGAUCUGCAGCAACCGCUCCAGCAGGGAGCAGCAAGCAAGGCGUCUCGCCAGUGCCUUCUGGGUCUGAGGCUACUGGUAGAAUGCUCUCUUUUUUGUCUCAGUCACACCUUAAGCAACAAUUAGAAUGCCAGGUGCGCUACUUUAUUUCAGGAAGACUUUUAAACUGCACAGUCGGCAGGGAAUCUCUCUUUGAAGGCGAAAAUUUGAAGCUGCCUGCGGAUUACCAACAAACGCCUAGAAAUAGCCUUGCCUUCAAAGCAACACUGUCACUUGUUCUGCUCUGGCUAAAGGCUCACGGACUUGUUCACACAGCGGGUCUACUUUGUCCCGAAGCGUCUUUGCGUAAUACUGACAUCUUGUCGCAAGAGGAGUGCCAAGCAGUUCUGCAUUUGCCGAAGGCCCUUCUCAGCAAUUCAGCUUCUUCCAAUGUGCCUUCUGAGCUUCAGUUGAAUUUGCUUGAUCGUUUGAUAGCUGCCGCCAGUAGUCUUCCUACCUGCCAGAAUAGUGGGUCGAAACGAAACUGCGAUUCAGUGUGUGAAAAUGGGAACAUCCCAACGAAUGAAGGCGAAGGCGAACACCUAGACCGCUCAGAUAUCGAAAAGGGCUUUUCUUGCAGCAAGGUACAAAGCGAGCAUGUGCGCGUUCACAGGGAGAGAGCAACGCGGGCCCAGGGAAGGUCUUGCCCCCCGAAAUGUUUCAAUAUGCAGAUGUGCGAAUCACAAUGUUCCAAACUACCCGAGUCGCCAAAGUCCUGCUGCCCCAGAAAAGGUUCUACUGAGUGUAAUAAGUGGAACGAAAUGGCAAGCAACCAAGCGCUGCUUAUGGAAGCUCACUUGAGAGGACUGGAGCUCUGUGAAUCAUCGCAACGGUUAUUUGGUGCAAGAGCAGACACCCGGCAGAUGAUAGAUCAACGACUUGCCUCUUUAGAAAGUGAACACAAAAGCCGGAUUUGGCAGCUUCAAAAGGCGGUAGAACAGGCUGCAGGGGCCCAAAAAGCUCAUGAAGGAAUGUCUAUGUUCGAGGUCCAGGCAACAGUCGAUGCGAUGAGACACAGGAUAGAAAUUCAGAGUAUGCGACAAAAAGAAGAGGAGGCAAAGAUUGCUGAGCGUGAGAAAUAUUUAUUAGAAAGAGAACGCCGUUUGGCACAUAGGGAAGUGCAACUGGCAAAGGAAACGGCUCGCAAGCAUGUGGAUCAUAUUACCACAGAGCAAAGUGAAGUAUGUAAGCUACUUACCCAGGAAAACGCAAAUUUUCGUUCUCAGCUUUUGGACACAAAAAAAAAGCUCGAAGCGCUAGAAGCUGAGCUCCACAGACAGAAGCUUGAGUGCGUGACGGACAUGAAAAGUGAGCUAGUUGCCGACCCAAGAAAAAGUGAAGCAGUGGGCGCUUCCUCAAAUGCUCAACUGGUGAGUACGUCACUGGUUCCGCAUUUGGGUGGGAAAUGUCAGGACCAAGGGCCAGUACAGCUAAAACAGGAUUAUGACAUUCAAGUGGCGCGUCUCGUAGAUGAGCUGCAGCGCAGCAAUGACCAGAUAAGAAGCAAGGAUGCAGAGUUCAAGCUGCUGGUUGUGGAACUCGAGUCUGCACGACGCGAAAGCGCAGAAGCGCAGAAGCGACUGAAGAAGCUGCAGAAACGUUACGAAGUAGCACGAGCCGCCUGCGUUCAGCAAAAAAAAUUGGCAUCUUCGAUAUCUCUUUCGCUUAACUCCUUUGACCUUGCUGUAGGAUCGGCGACAGGCAGUGCGGGCCAGAAACUGACUGAUUUGCCCCUCAAGCAAAAUGACGUGAAUGGUUUCAUAAAACCUACUGAUGAUAGCACAACACCUGCAGAAGUCUGCGUCCCCGCGAACGGUGUCUCUUGUUGGAAUGAUUCCGCUGGAGUGGUCAGCGAGCCAACGACGGAUAAUAUCCAUAGACGAACCCUGAAGCCCAUGUCGUACGAUGUAGACGGCCCAGUUAUGUUGUCUCAUAUGUGUAGAGCAGCAAUGGACGUGGCGAUGCCGUCGCCUGCCACGCUACAGAACUGCACUGUUCAUGCUUCGGAGUCUCACUCGUGUCACUCGUGUUUCCCGCGAAAGUUAAUCCGGCCAGAAAUCAAUUCUGGAACGUAUGGAAUAACUAAUCGGUCAAGCGAAGGGAUGCGCUGUGCUGCUUCAUUAUCAUCAUCUUGUCAGCAGUUGUGUAAUGCAGCUGCACAGCCCGUUGGUUGCUCACGGGCUGAUGCGGGAAACGAAAUUCUUGCAGAGAGCGUUUUUUCAACUACCAACGGUCUCACCAAAGAUGAGCAAUUUCUGCGAGCAAAUAAUUCGUCAAAACAGGAAGUGCCCAGUUAUUUAUCUUCCGCAGCGGUUGAUGACAAAAAGUGCCGAGCAGAAGUGUCGCCAACAGAGGAAGUCUCCAAAUUCCGCCGUCCCGCACCAGCUUGCUUUUCGGAUGACUGUAAUAAAGUUCCAACUCAACGCGAAAUAACGUGGGACGCUUCUGAUAAAAAAUCAACCCCGCAAGGCAUUUCGGAAAGGCUGCUAGAAACAGGCAUUAAACAGUUUGGGGAGAACGAUGACGCGAAAAGCCGUGCAAUCAGUGAGAAAAACCCAAGUAUAACUGUGUGCGGGUCACCUCUUUGUAUUCCUUGGUGCGACACCCAACGAAAUAGCCCUUCUGAGAUCGGUGCUCUACUCAGUGGAGAAGAAAGCGGAAGUCCUUCCAGCAUGCGCCAAGAUAAUUUACCGAGGGAGCCUAUUGCGCAACUGACGAGCAGCGGUAACUGUGAAGAGCUUGUAUCCAAAAGUCAGACAAACCAACAAGACUUCCAAAUUCGAUGCUCCCUUCCAGACAAGAUCUCGGGUGAGGUUAGUCUUAACAACGAACAACCAAGUACAGCGACAAACAAGCCGCCUGUAGAGGAAGGCCAAUCAGUCCAGUUUUGCACGGGAGAUGCCAAAAGGGAUUCCCUGUCAGGUAUGGCUGAGCGAGCAACAGAAUUGAGAGAUGCCGACUUCUCAACGCGGAUGAAGCUCGAAGAACAGAUUGAAAGCGUACGUUGUCUUGAAGACAGAGAAUCUGGAAAAGAGGCGUCAGCGCCUUCCUGCCCUCCAACGCCUACAGAGCCAGUGCUUCAUGACACCCCAGUGCGUCCUUCUGCAUCAGUUGUAGAGCAACGAAAUGAAGUUUCUACGGUUGAGCGCGUACAAAGCCCAUGGGCAGAAGCUUCAAUUGAAUCCUCGCUUCCCGAAUCCCCCAAAGGCCUUUCUAACUUUCCUUCUCUCUCCUGUCAUGUAGCUGCUACAGUUGAGGGAAUCCCUGCUCCUAGUAGCACUAACGUUGACUUUAGAGGAAGUUGGAAGGCACUGUCCAAAGAGCGGCUGUUUUCGAGGGACAGUGCAGUUUCGUCUUCCCCUUCAGAGAAUGAUUGGCUAGCUUGCGUAUCGCCUACUGAUCCAAAUGUCAACGAUCGAAUAGCCAGUUACCAUCCGGUUCGUUAA